UAGACGAAUCACGUUUCUAACCGGAUGGUGGAUAUAUAUCCACACUUCACCUUUUCAUGUGACAGUCAAUCGGAUUCCUGGACCUAAAUACCUUCCCAUUGUUGGAAAUGUUUUGGAGAUAGCCGGAGGGCUCGACCAUUUACUUCAAACUUUUCAAAUCAAAUGGACCCAAAAAUACGGAGGAAUUUAUAGAAUAUUUGUUGGUACUCACUGCUACAUCCCCAUUUCCUCGCCGGAAUUAAUGGAAGUCGUUCUGAGUAGCCAGAAGACCAUCGAUAAAGGUAUGUCCUACAGUGAACUGGCUCCGUGGUUGGGACAAGGACUUCUGAUAAGUUCCGGUGAUUUGUGGAGAUCGCGACGGAAGUUGCUGACGCCAGCCUUUCACUUUUCGAUUUUGAAUAGCUUUGUCGAAGUAUUUAACGAGCAGAGUCGCGUCCUCUGUGGGAUUAUUGGAGACAUCUGUCAAUCGUUUGCUGACGGGAAGGGCGAAAUGGACGUGUAUCCGUUAAUUACUCGGUGUUCGCUGGAUAUUAUCUGUGAGGCUGCAAUGGGGACGAAAAUCAAUGCGCAAACGGAAACUUCUGAUUACAUCAGAGCAGUUUACAGAAUUGGCCAAGUUAUCACAGAACAAUUUCAACAACCUUGGCUAAGAAAUCCAACAAUUCUCUCCUUAUCGGCGUUGGGAAAAGAACGCAAUCAACUGCUCAAAACCCUUCAUGGAUUUACUGAAGAAGUGAUAAACAAUAGACGAGAAAUUUUGAAGAAAAAAGGAGAUAUUGAAGUCGACGACAAGGAAACAGGAAUUAGAAAUCGAUUACCACUUCUAGAUUUGCUGCUCAAAGCUUCAGAGGAAGGAAAAGUUCUCUCGGACCAGGACAUUCGGAAUGAAAUCGAUACUUUUAUGUUUGAGGGACACGACACAACUACUUCGUUGCUGAGCUGGUUCCUGUAUGUCAUGGCCAUGAAUCCAGACAUUCAGGAAAGAGCGUGGAUCGAACUCCAGAACGAAUUCGGAGAUUCGGAAAGGGAUUGCACUCAAGAAGACAUUCCUAACUUAAAGUAUCUUGAAUGCUGCAUUAAAGAAACGUUGCGGAUGUAUCCCAGCGUUCCUGCAUUUGAAAGGACUGUCCAAGAAGAUAUUCAAAUUGGCAAAUAUUUAAUACCUGCCGGAUGCACGAUAGGGUUUUUAAUUUUAGCUGCGCAUCGAAAUCCCGAAAUAUUUCCGGACCCUUUGGUUUUCAAUCCCGAACGUUUUUUUCAAGACGAGGCUGUUGGCCGACAUCCGUACGCGUACGUCCCGUUUAGUGCUGGACCUCGCAACUGUAUCGGACAAAGAUUUGCGAUGUUGGAAAGCAAAAUUGUACUAUCGACCCUCCUUCGCCGUUUUAAAUUCGAGGCCUUAUCUAACACCAAGCCACCAAUUAUUGCAAAUCAGCUCGUCUUGAAAUCCAUGAACGGCAUCAAUUUAAUUGUCUCCCGUCGUUGAAAGCGUUUGUGAUCUGCGCGAGAUAAUGCGGAAGCGAUUUUAAUUGGGAUUUCCGUUCUGUAAGCACUCGUGGAGUGACUGGUGAACUUCUAUUAAGAACGGAUGUGGGAAAGAAAGGAACUGUUUUGUCUGUCACUUCGCAAUGAUAUUGGUGGCACUGUCUGGUAUUUCUUAUUGGGGCAACAAGUUAUUUAAUAGACAUUCAUGCUAGAA